GAGUUGUUUAUCUCACGUAGGACUCGCACGAACACCAAACAUAAACCUCGACGGCAACUGUACUAACUGAACCAAACUGCUACAACCUCACCGCCGUCAAACCCCGUCUUCCCAAUGUCGACAGAAACCCUAAACCCCAAAAUCAACGGCGAGGAUUCAACAGAGCAGCUCCAUCCACCGGAACCCUCCACCAAUCCAACGGCCGAAAUUUCACCAACGGAGAAGCGAAAGCGAGAAGAAACAGAAACAGAAGCAGAAACAGAAACAGAAACAGAAACGAAGCAACAGCAACAACGGCCAAGCCCGUUAUGGAAAACGAGUCUUUGCUCGUACUUUCGAAGAAACGAUAAUUCAUGCAGUCACGGUGAAACCUGCCGUUACGCCCAUGGUGAGUCGGAGCUCCGACCCAGACCCGAUAGUACAUGGGACCCGACUUCUGAGAGGGCGAAAAAGAUGGCUAAGAAGGAUGAUGAUGGAGAAAAGGCAGAGAAUAAAGAAGAAGAGAAGUGUAAUGACGUUAUGAUGACGGAAGCGUUAGACGAUGAGGAGGAAUGUAGUUCGUCGGGUACUGGGUUGUCAAAGUGCUUGGUGAAUCUUCCUAUGAAGUGGAGUUCGGAUAAUUUAAGGUGUUUCCUUAAACAGCAUGAUGUUACUUUUAAAUCAGCAAAAAAGAAGAAAGGCAUGGUUGUAGGAUUUGUUACUUUUGAAAAUCCAGAACAAGUGAAGAGUGCUCUGAAGGAGUUGAAUGGGAAGCUUGUUGGAAACAAGAAUUUGAAGGUUGGAGAUGUCAUUCCGCGGCCAUUUGAGAGAAAAGGUAAUUCGGCAAUAUCUUCAUCUCCGUCCAGUCAACAAGGUGAAAAGCAAACCCCAACUGGGGACAGUUUGGAUUCGACUAAAAUAUCAGAUGAAACUGAGGCUGAGGACCCACUGUUCAGUGAUUCAGUUUUGAAGGGUAGGAGUGUUCGUGAUGUGGUGACUCCUCUUGCUAAUAUACCAUACGCUGAGCAGCUGGAGCAGAAGAAGAGCUCUUUGAUGCAAACUCUCAAAAAACUUACUCGAAAUGCACGUAAAGCCUGUCCAAAUGGUGUUUCACUUCCUGAAUGGAUUCUCAAAUCUAGGGAAAUAGGUGGUCAACCAUGCAAACUGGAGGGCAUAAUCGACUCGCCACUUAUUGAGGGAUAUCGUAACAAAUGUGAGUUUUCUGUCGGAUACUCUGUACUAGGGAAGCCAACUGCGGGGUUUCUGCUUGGAAAUUUCAGGGAGGGUGUUACAGCUGUUGAGGAACCUGUGAACUGCCCAAAUGUUUCUAGAAUUGCUUGUAAAUAUGCUGCUAUCUUUCAAGAAUUUUUACAACAGUCAACCCUACCUAUUUGGAAUAGGUUGAAUAAUACUGGAUUCUGGAGGCAACUUACUGUUCGAGAAGGUCGCAUGCCUGGUAAUAAUGUAGAGGUUGAAAAUCCCGAUGCAAGUAUUUCAGAGGUUAUGCUCAUUGUUCAGGUUUGCACUCUGGGGCUGGAUGAUGCAGUAGUUAAUGAUGAAUUCCAAAGUAUGGUCAAAGCAUUUGCUAUGGGAGCUUCUAGUGCAUCACCAACAUUACCUCUUACUGUCCUGGUAGUUCAGGAUCACACUGGCAUAUCUAAUGUAGCGCCGGCAGAUGCUCCUCUGCGUGUCCUUCCGUUUCCCAAAGGGGAAAGCUAUUCUGAACUGCAAGCAGAUAAUACAGUUGCUGAAGCAAAAAUUCACGAUUUUAUAAAUGGACUUAAGUUUUGUAUUUCACCCACAGCCUUCUUUCAGGUGAACACCCUUGCUGCAGAGAAAUUGUACUCCCUGGCGGGGGACUGGGCGAGCUUGGGUCCCGAUACCUUGCUUUUCGACGUUUGCUGUGGAACUGGAACAAUUGGUCUGACUCUGGCUAAUCGAGUUGGUAUGGUUGUUGGCAUUGAAAUGAAUGCUUCUGCGGUCUCUGAUGCUCAAAGAAAUGCAGAAAUCAACGGGAUAAAAAACUGUAGAUUUGUUUGUGGAAAGGCUGAGGAUGUCAUGGGAUCUGUGCUGAGAGAGUACCUUACUUCACCUCCAAAAGUAGAUGGAAUUCCAGAUAUACAAGAAAAUACAACUUCCACAGAGAAGACUGAUUCUAUAGUUAAUGCAUCGGAAACAGAUGAGGGAUCAGGUAUUGGGUCUGCAACUGCACCUAUUGGGAAUACUGAUUCUGCGGAUAACACAGUGGAACCUGAGGGAAAAGAAGGCCUUGAGCAUACCAAUGGUACAAGCUUGUCAGAAUCUUCAGCAGAUGGCAUUACAGAAUCAGAAACCCAACUUGGGAAGAGUUGUUCAUCAGAUAAUUUGACCACUUCAGUGCGACAUUUCAAGAAUGUUGUUGCAAUUGUGGAUCCUCCACGUGUUGGACUUCAUCCCACUGUUAUCAAACUUUUGAGGACUAACUCACGUCUAAGGAGGCUCGUUUACAUUUCCUGCAAUCCUGAGAGCUUGGUCGCAAAUGCUAUUGAGCUAUGCACACCUUCUCCAGAUGAAUCUGAGAGGGGUAAUAACAAAAACAACAGAGGAUGGAGAAAUAUGAGCAGUGCUAGUCUUGCACGACAUAGGACCAAAUCUAUGCCCAGUUCAGAGCCUUUUCAACCUGUCAAAGCAAUGGCGGUUGAUCUCUUUCCUCAUACUCCUCAUUGUGAACUGGUCAUGCUUCUGGAGAGGUAAAGUUAUCUAUCGCCUUAAAAAAUAAUCUUAAGUAGCCAAGUUUAUGAAAGGAGAUAGAAAUGCUCCCUUAGAUUUGUUUUCUCGGUGUGGAAAACAAUGAGCGAGCUUUCGGCAAACAAUUACUACACAUCGUUUAUUAAUGUUGCCGCUGGUGGUUUUGGGAAAUCUUUUAUUCUCGAGGUUUCCAUAAUAUUGUGUUGUAAUUGGCUCCUUAUUGAUGCCAUUUCCGCUUCAAGAAGAAUACCUCAAAUGUAAUGGCACAUUCUGUUCAUUUAUAUAUGACCUCUCACAUAAUUUGGGAUGCUAUAAGGAUUUCCAAAUGAUGCUCCGCAGUUUUGUCCCAAAAGAAGUUUGAUGUGUUGAAUAAAUUAUGUUCAUGCUCA